GUUAGCCACAUUCUCUCAUUUUUCUCAAAAGGGGAGGCAGUUAAAGGUGGAAAACAAGAGGAAAGACCUAAGGGAGGAAGAUUUGGCUAGAAAGGUGGAGAGACACUUAGAACUCCUUCAUGAGGAUGAGAUCAGAGAAACUAGAUGACGGAGUUCAUGCCCCUCUGCUACCUGAGGUUGAACAGGUUGAAGAUAAAACAUCCGAUGAAGGCAGAUCAAUUUCUGGUGCUAUAUUCAACAUCUUGACUGGCAUGGUCGGUGCUGGAAUUAUGUCGAUUCCAGCAACUUUCAAGGUCCUAGGUGUAAUCCCGAGCUUUAUACUGAUCUUAAUCAUUGCUUUCUUCGUGGACGUCACAGUGGAGUUCCUGUUGAAAUAUACUCAGUCAGGCAAGUCUAAUACUUAUGGUGAGUUGAUGGCAGAGUCAUUUGGGAAGUUUGGAUCUAUUGCACUUCAAGUUUGUGUUAUGAUCACCAAUUUCGGUGCUUUGAUCAUCUAUUUGAUUAUCAUUGGAGAUGUCCUCUCCGGAAGCCAAGCUCAGGGAUCAUUGCACUUGGGCAUUUUACAGGAAUGGUUUGGCGUCCACUGGUGGAACUCACGUGCAUCCUCUCUCCUUUUCAUUGUACUCUUUGUCUUGCUUCCGUUGCUGCAUUUUCGGCGAAUAGAUUCCUUAAGGCAUGCCUCAGCUUUAUCCAUUCUACUAGCGGUAUUUUUUGUUGCCAUAUGCUCAGUGAUGGCAAUAUAUGCAAUAUGGGUCGGGAAAACCCAAAGACCAAGGCUCGGACCAGACUUUGCAAGUGGUGUCUCAUUUAUUCACCUCUUUACUGCCAUUCCAAUCUUUGCAACAGCCUUCGGAUGCCAUGUAACUAUUCAUCCAGUCAGAGCAGAGCUUAGUAGACCUUCUGAUAUGAGGUCAGCAGUCCGGAUCUCUCUGGUGCUGUGUGUCGUAAUUUACUUUGCUGUUAGCUUCUUUGGGUACUUGCUGUUUGGGGAAUCAAUCAUGGCCGACAUGCUUGUGAACUUCGAUAAAAUUUCGGAUUCCCUUGUUGGUAGAAUUCUCAACAAUGCAGUUAGGAUAAGUUAUGCAAUUCAUCUCAUGCUGGUUUUUCCCGUGAUGAACUACUCAUUAAGGGUUAAUGUAGACGAAUUGCUCUUUCCUAAUACACCUGGAGGAAGUGUGAGAUUUUUAUCUCUUACAUGUAUUCUACUUGGAUUCAUUUAUUUGGCAGCAAUAGCUAUUCCAAAUAUAUGGUAUUACUUCCAGUUUAAUGGGACGACGACUGUCAUGUGCAUCAUGUUUAUAUUCCCGAGCUCGAUCAUUCUUAGAGAUGUGCAUGGGGUAUCGACCAGUCGGGAUAAGAUAUUGGCAGUAUUGACGAUCGUGCUAGCUAUUGGGACGAGUUUGGUUGCCAUUUUCUCAAAUAUCUCCGAUUACUUUUGCAAAAUAUGAUGAGAAAAUAUUGAUUGUCCUGAUCUUUGCACCACCAUCACAGUCUUCCAAUUUAGUCGAAAUGUAGUUGGGGGAAAUGAAUUAUGCUUAUUGGAAUUGUCAAGAAAUCAAAUUAUGUUGAUCUGUUUUGAAUACAAUUCAAAGUUAAUAAAAUUGCAGGAAGGUUCUUUA